AAGGAAUCAGAAAGAGAGACAGCGAGAAGAAGAUGUCGCUGAAGGGAUGUGUUAAUGCGCCGGAUCAGCAGCUUCGAACUCUAAUAACUCAAAACCGAUCUCUUGCCGCUACCAAAGCAUUAUUGACUCGCGGUGGAAUCGCGGUUGUCUCCUGCUGCUCUUCCCCUACCGCCUCUCCACCGCUCACCGCGUCGCAAAUUUCCAAUCCCAACGCUUUGGGAGGAGCAUCGAGGAAUUCCAGUACUGACCGGCCGUUCUUGAGUUUGGUGGACCAAUUCCGGCUUGGGAGCUUGGCUGAAGAUGGGCUCUCCUACAAGCGGAAAUUCAGAGUGAGGAGUUGCGAAGUUGGCCCUAAUAAGACCUCUACAAUAGCAGCCAUUGCCAUCCUCUUGCAGGAAGUUAGUUGCAACCAUGUCCAGAGCUUAGGGUACACAGAUGGAUUUGGGAGAAGCUACACUAUGAUGCAGUUGCACCUGAUAUGGGUGGUUACGCGAAUGCACAUUGAAGUUUACAAAUACCCAACAUGGGGUGAUGUGAUUGAGAUUGAGACAUGGUACGAAGGUGGAAGAGUUGGGAGCAGACGUGACUGGGUUCUCAAAGAUGCCACUGGUACUGUUAUUGGAAGAGCUACCAGCAAAUGGGUGAUGAUGAACCAAGACACAAGGCGAGUCCACAAAGUUAAUGAUGAGGUGCUGGAUGAAAUUCUGAGUUACUGUCCACGAACUCCACGGUUAGCUUUUCCUGAGGAGAAUAACAGUAGCCUGAAGAAAAUUCCCAAGCUUAAAGAGCCUGCACAAUAUUAUAUACAAGGGCUUAAGCCUAGAAGAUCUGAUCUGGACAUGAACCAGCAUAUAAAUAAUGUCACCUACAUAGCAUGGAUUCUUGAGAGCAUGCCUCAAGAAAUUAUCGACACUUGUGAACUUCAAAAGAUCACAUUGGAUUACAGGCGAGAAUGCCUACAUGAUGAUCUGGUUGAUUCCUUAACUACUGUGGAACAAAUGGAGGGUGCAAAAGAAGAUCUAGAGCUUAGACCUACCACUGGGAAUAAACAUGAAGAAGACUGCUGUCAGUUCGUGCAUUUCAUGAGGUUGUCAGGUCCUGGACCAGAACUAAACAGGGGUCGCACUGAGUGGAGAAGGAAAUUGAACUAGGUUGGGCAAUAAUUUGGUUUAUUGUACUGGUUGUUAUCUUUAAUUGUUUACAAAUUGAACUCCACAAUACUGUGACAGGGAUCCUAAUGAUCUAGUCCAGUUGUCCAUAAUAGCAUUGUGUAGAUGUUUAGGAUUGUAUAAUGAGAGCUUGAUCUGUUGCAAGU